AUGAAUUAUUUCGGUAUCGCUGUCGCAGUGGCUAUAGCGUCCACACUUUACUUUCUCGGAUGUUGCCUUUACAAUAUUUUCUUCCAUUCUUUGAAAUCAUACCCAGGACCAAAAUUAUGGGCCGCUUGCAGAUUCCCCAUGACUUAUUACAAGUUGAAGGGUGUUCUUCCAUACAAGAUUAAGGAGCUUCAUGAUCAAUAUGGCCAUGUGGUCAGAGUUGCUCCAAACUUUCUUGACUACAACACAUCUGGAGCCUGGGAAGACAUUUGUGGUUUUGUCAAAGAAGGUCAUAAGAAAAAUUUCCCCAAAGAUUUGACAGAACGAGGCGCCGUAGCAAACGACACCAGAAAUAUAUUGAGCGCAAACGAAGAAGAUCAUCGAAGAUUUCGACGUCUACAAUCACACGGUUUCUCAGACAAAGCACUCACAUCUCAAGAACCUCUGAUCCAAGACUAUGCUCGACAAUUCAUUUCCGGCCUGAUCAAAUUUUCUUCUUCCACCUCGGACAAUAGUAUUAAUAUCGGUCAAUGGUACAACUACACAACAUUCGAUUUAAUCGGCGAUCUUGCAUUUGGAGAGCCUUUCGACUGUGUCAAGACUGGGAAAAUGCACCCCGGGAUCCAGCUCAUUUUUUCAGCCCUGGAUAAGGGCGUUUUACCGAAUGAGCUAAGACAAUACCCAAUCUUAGGGUCCAUUUUCUUUUUCUUCGCUCCAAAGGGUGCGAAGGACACAUUCAGGGAGCAUAAGCAACUUUCUAGGGAGAAAGCCUACCGAAGAAUAGAUACCCCGAGCAAUAAACCCGAUUUUAUGAGCUAUAUCCUCAAGCACAAUUCAACGGAAAAGGGGAUGACUCGUGAGGAAAUUGGCGAAAACUCAAACGUAUUGAUACUCGCUGGUAGUGAAACGACUGCAUCUCUCCUCAACGGUGUGACGUACCAUCUACUCCAAACCCCCACCGUCCUUCAAAAUCUUGCCCUUGAGCUAAGAACCGUCUUCAAAGCCCAAGAAGACCUCACUCUCCGCGCCCUCGCUGCAUGCAAAUAUCUCAACGCAGUCCUCGAAGAAGGUCUCCGCAUGUAUCCUCCCGUCCCCUCCACUCUUCCGCGUCUCGUUCCCGAAGGUGGAAGUCUCAUCACCGGCACCUACGUCCCCGCUGGUGUCACUGUCGGUAUCAACUUCUGGAGUGCACAAUUCUCCGCCUCCAAUUUUCACUUACCUAACGAAUUUCGUCCCGAACGCUGGCUCAGUAUCGAGGAUGUUGAAGAGCUUCAGAACAUGUACCCGGCGAUGAAAUUAAGCGAUCCGAGAAUCUUUGAGAAUGAUGAUAAGAAGGCUUUUCAGCCGUUUAGUUUUGGCCCCGCUAAUUGUAUUGGGAAAAAUCUCGCGUAUGCGGAAAUGAGAGCGCUGUUGGGAAAUGUGGUGUGGGGUUUUGAUAUGGAAGGCGGUGAGGGGAGUAGCACUUGGAUGGAGAGGAAUAAAGUGUAUGCGCUUUGGCAGAAGCCGGCAUUGUGGGUUAAAUUGAAGAGGGUUAAUGUUUGA